AUGGCCUCGGAGAUCGAGGUGCUCGAGGACACCACCACCACCACCGCCGUGGCGGAGGUGCCCCCGCCUCCGCCGCCGGCGGAGGAGGACGCGCUCAAGGACGACGUGUACACGGCGGCGGCCUACGGCGAUCUGGAGAAGCUGCAGCGGCUCGUGGAGGCGGAGGGCCGGCCCGUCGCGGACCCCGACGGCAGCGGCUACCACGCGCUCCAGUGGGCCGCCCUCAACAACCGCGUCGCCGCCGCGCAGUACAUCCUCGAGCAUGGCGCAGAUGUAAAUGCCGUGGAUCACACUGGGCAGACAGCACUUCACUGGAGUUCUGUACGUGGUCACGUGCAAGUUGCUGAACUACUUCUGAAAGAAGGAGCUAAGGUGGAUGCUGCUGAUUUGUAUGGCUAUCAGGCUACACAUGUUGCAGCUCAGUAUGGUCAGACAACAUUUAUUUAUCAUGUUGUUGCAAAAUGGAAUGCCAAUCCAGAUGUCCCUGACAACGAUGGAAGAAGUCCAUUGCACUGGGCUGCUUACAAGGGGUUUGCAGAUUCUAUACGUCUCCUUUUGUAUUUGGAUGCUUACAGGGUGCGGCAGGAUAAGGAAGGCUGUACUCCUUUACAUUGGGCUGCUAUCCGGGGGAACCUGGAGGCGUGCACUGUGCUAGUUCAGGCUGGUAAAAAGGAGGAUUUGAUGGUGAAAGACAAAACUGGUUUAACUCCGGGACAACUUGCUGCUGAUAAGAGUCAUCGGCAAGUUGCAUUUUUUCUUGACAAUGCUAGAAGGGUAUAUGACAGAGGAUGUAACGGGAAUGCGACUUUUGUAAAGCUAUCAAAACUAGGGCUUGCUCCUCUUCUUUGGUGUAUUGCUGUUGUCUUGCUUACUACAUAUAUACACUCUGUUAUAGCAGGACAAUAUAUGAUAGGUAUGACAGCAUCAUUUGGGCUGUUUGCAUGGUCAGGAGUUUUCCUUGCAACUGCUGGCUUGGUCAUGUUCUAUAAAUGUAGCAGGAAAGAUCCUGGCUACAUAGGUAUGAAUAUACGAGACUCACAGAAUCAAAGGGAUGAUGAACCUUUGUUGAAGACGGAGUUAGACAAUCCUGCACUUCUGGCUGGUAACUGGUCACAGCUUUGUAUAACCUGCAAAAUUGUCAGACCUGUUCGCUCAAAACAUUGCUCUACAUGUGAUCGCUGUGUUGAGCAGUUUGACCAUCACUGCCCCUGGGUAUCUAAUUGCAUCGGCAAGAAGAACAAAUGGGAAUUCUUCAUGUUCAUCACUCUAGAAGUUCUUGCAAUGAUCAUUACUGGUUCUGCUGCCAUUAUAAGGACUGUAAGAGACCCAGCUUCUCCAGCAUCCUUUGGCGAUUGGCUUGGCUAUUCUGUUGUUUACCAUACUGGGGCUGUUGCUUUUUUCAUGAUGGACCUUUUCAUUUUCUUCGGUGUUGCAUGUCUAGCAGUAGUUCAAGCAUCUCAGAUAGCAAGGAACAUCACAACAAACGAGAUGGCAAACUCCAUGAGAUACAGCUAUCUAAAAGGUCCAGGUGGCAGAUUCAGAAAUCCUUUCGACCAUGGGGUGCGUAAGAACUGCUCAGACUUCUUGGUGAACGGAUACCAUGAGGACGUUGAGCGGACCCAGCAUGCAUCGCAUGCUGAUGAGGAAAUAGGAAUGAUACAGAUGACAAGUGCGGUCACGCAGAAUGGCGAGGGCCAUUCGCAUCAUGCUAAUGGCACUGACCAUGCCUGUGUUGAUUCACAUGCCAGUUCAAAUUCUCAGAAUCAAGCAGGUUCCUCUCAGUGCUGUGACCACGGUAAGAAGAAUGAUAAGACACCGUUUGGCCUAGGGAUGGGCCUUGGACGAAACAGCGCUUCCCGGCAGUAUAUUCGAUCUCUUCUCCCGUUGUGAUUCCAUCAGUUCACGUGAAAUUUCGCUGUGUACUGUACGUGUUCAGUGCUCAGGCUCCAUCGAUUGUUUAGCUGCUUGUGGCACAUGUGUACACUAUAGCCUUCACUAGUUUGUGUUCAUAUUGUUUAGCGCCAGCUAUGGAGGAGUCGGAUCUGUUCAGCCCCCAGUAUUUUUUGUGGUGAAUACAUAGGAGAUGGAUGUAGCUAUGGGUUCACGCAUAUCCACUGAUCAUUUUGGAAAAGUCACUCAGAUAGCUCCUGGAAAGAUGUACAGCCAUGUUUCUGCAGAUGCAGGUAUGCAGCAGCAUGAUGUGUCUUCAGCUGUCACCAUUCCUGUGUGCGGGAGUCCAGUUGUUCAGCACCAGACAGCUUUGAAAAAUUGCAGCGGUAAAUUGUAAAUUCAGAGAAACUGUAAAUUGAGUAGUAGCUUCACUGUGACAUUAAUGACCUUUUAUCUUCUUUGCUGUUUCUCAUUCAAUUUUCUUAGGAUAUUCUUACACACCAAGUAGGUGUUUGUAAAGAUUACAAUUGUUUGAGUGCGUCAGCGUUCAUAUAUACACUUGUUAGGGUGUGGGCUUCAGAAUGGCAAUAUGAUGCUAUGUAAUUAAACUUAUGGACUGGUGACCGAGGAAAGUUGAUUUUGUAAUGAAA